CUUCUUUCCAAACGCCAAGUUAGUUGUGCUAGUGAGUGCCAAAAUUUAUGGAGACCCAACCUCUCACAAAACAAGGAAUGUCUAUGUACUUCUUCCGGCUGCACAACCUCCGCAGGGCCGAGGAGGACAAAAAGAAGAAGCAGCAACGUCGCAAGGGCAGAGUGGUGGGCUGUCAUCGUUACGCGAACGCAUUGACACUGGCGCCGAGCAGACUCUUCGAAAGGCCACCACUUACCCCAUCGGACAGUCUAGACGAGGUGGCAUUGCAGAUUCCCAGGGUGCGAGUGGAGUAUUAUGUCAAUGAAAAUACAUUUAAGGAACGACUGCAACUAUACUUCAUAAAGAAUCAAAGAUCUAGUCUUAGGAUACGAAUAGCCAAUUUAUUUUUUAAACUGCUCACAUGUAUUCUGUACAUAAUUCGAGUUAUCACGGACCUCGAUCCCACGUAUGCGGCGUGUUACGGAUGUACACCAGGCGACAAAUCCGAAUACAUGAUAUCAGCCAACCUAACAGAAGAAAAAUUUCAAGAAAACCCAAUCAUCAACUGGGAUGCUAUUCUGUGGGUGAACCGCCCCCUCGAACUGUGGAUAGUCCAGGUUAUAUUGGCCAUGAUUAGUCUGACGGAGGCUCUUUUAUUGGCCUAUCUAGGAUACAAGGGGAACAUCUGGCAACAGCUGCUAUCCUUUCAUUUUAUCUUAGAAAUUGUGAAUACUAUUCCAUUUACAUUAACGAUUUUUUAUCCCCCGUUGAGGAAUCUCUUCAUUCCAGUAUUCCUAAAUUGUUGGUUAGCGAAACAUGCGUUAGAAAAUAUGUUCAACGAUCUCCACAGGGCAAUGCAGAAAUCGCAGUCUGCUUUGUCGCAACAGCUCACGAUAUUAUCCGCAACCCUUGUUUGUCUCGUGUUUACAAGCGUCUGCGGAAUCCAGCACUUUCAAAGGGCAGGCCAUCGACACCUCAACCUCUUCCAAGCUACGUAUUACGUUGUGGUUACGUUCUCCACGGUCGGAUACGGGGACUUCGUGCCGGACAUCUGGCCGUCGCAGCUGUACAUGGUCAUCAUGAUCUGCGUUGCGCUUAUCGUGCUACCGACGCAGUUCGAGCAGCUCGCCUUCACGUGGAUGGAGCGCCAGAAGCUCGGGGGCUCCUACUCCUCCCACCGCGCCCAGUCCGAGAAACACGUGGUGGUCUGCAGCACGACCCUCCACGCGGACACCAUCAUGGAUUUCCUGAACGAGUUCUACGCCCACCCGCUCCUGCAGGACUACUACGUCGUCCUACUCUCACCCAUGGAGCUCGACACCACCAUGCGGAUGAUCCUACAGGUGCCCAUAUGGGCGCAGCGCGUCAUCUACAUCCAAGGCUCCUGCCUCAAGGACGGGGACCUCGCCAGGGCGCGGAUGAACGAAGCCGAGGCCUGCUUCGUCCUGGCGGCCAGGAAUUACGCGGACAAAACGGCGGCGGACGAGCACACGAUCCUGAGGUCGUGGGCUGUGAAGGAUUUCGCCCCGAAUGUGGCACAAUACGUUCAGAUUUUCAGGCCUGAAAAUAAGCUCCACGUGAAAUUCGCGGAGUUCGUUGUGUGCGAAGACGAGUUCAAGUACGCUCUUCUGGCUAACAAUUGUACUUGUCCUGGGGCGUCUACCUUGGUUACGUUGCUCCUGCAUACUUCCAGAGGACAAGAAGGCCAGCAGUCUGCAGAGGAAUGGCACCGCCUCUACGGCCGCUGCUCCGGCAACGAAAUCUACCACAUAGUCCUCGGCGACAGCCGCUUCUUCGGCGAAUACGAAGGCAAGAGCUUCACAUACGCCAGCUUCCACUCGCACAGAAAAUACGGAGUCGCGCUGGUAGGAGUGCGUCCCGCAGAACUGCCCGAGUUCUACGAGGACACCAUCCUGCUGAACCCGGGGCCUAGACACAUCAUGAAGAAGAGCGACACGUGCUACUACAUGAGCAUCACCAAGGAGGAGAACUCGUCGUUCACGGUGGCCAACCAGCAGCAGCAGGGCAACAACAAUAAUACUUCCACUGAGCCUGUGAUCGUCACGGCGGAGGAGAAGGCUCCUGCGCCCGCCACCAAAGACGGUACCGGCCCUCCUCAACUAAUUCUGCAAGUUCCCACCUGUGUCACCACGUUUCCGGACAACGCCGGCCUCAGCGACUCGCGGCAGUGCCUCAAAGAGUCCUCGCCCGGGUCCACCACGAUUGAUGUGUCCAUCACGGGGAAUCACCUGGAUAUCCCGCGCGGCGGCGACAACCCCAACUUGCUCAGUCCGGAAACCAUCAACCAGAGGCGCAACUCCCGCAGGCCCAGCAUCCUGCCGGUCCCCGACAUGUUCACCAGCUCGACCCUCAACAUCCCCCAGGACGUGGCCGACGAGAGCGAGGACGAGCUGGAGGACGACGUGCCCUGGCGGUCGCCCAGCGAGAAAAUAGCGUCCAGUCUUACAGACGACUCUGGGGACUCGGAGAGACCCGCAUGGCAUGACGAAUGUGCCCGCAUCGUAAAAGGUUUCCCACCAGUGUCACCAUACAUCGGAGUUAGUCCAACCCUGUGUUACUUGCUCAAAGAAAAGAAGCCUCUGUGUUGUUUGCAACUAGCUCAAGUGUGCGAACACUGCAGUUACCGUAAUGCUCGCGAUUACCAAUGGCAGAACAAGACCAUCAUCCUGGCAGCGGAUUAUGCGUCUAAUGGAAUCUACAACUUCAUCAUACCGUUGAGGGCGCAUUUCCGCUCGAAGACGUCGCUCAACCCGAUCAUACUUCUGCUGGAAAGGCGGCCAGAUAUCGCAUUCCUGGACGCCAUCUCGUACUUUCCGCUUGUUUAUUGGAUGCUGGGGACGAUAGAUUGCUUGGACGACCUCCUCCGAGCCGGGAUCACGUUAGCCGAAAACGUCGUCGUCGUAAACAAGGAGCUAUCCAAUUCCGCAGAAGAAGACUCCUUAGCCGACUGCAACACGAUAGUGGCCGUUCAAACCAUGUUCAAGUUUUUUCCGAGCAUUAAGAGCAUCACGGAGUUGUCGCAGUCGUCCAACAUGCGAUUCAUGCAGUUCAGGGCCCACGACAAAUACGCGCUGCACCUGUCCAAAAUGGAAAAGUACCUGCAAGGACCCCGUGAACGCCAAACCUGUCCCGUAUUUGGUUUACGUUUAGCAAAUCGCGUCAAGAUGGCUUCGCGAAGCCUUUGUAAUAACUUUGGAAUUCCGUGCGUCGUUCUCACCAAGCCCUUGACCUUUAAAAGUACCCACGCCUGCCAUGGGACCCUUACGGACGAACAUAGGGAGAAAGAGCGCGGCUCCCACAUCUCCUACAUGUUUCGGUUGCCCUUCGCCGCCGGGAGCGUCUUCAGCGCCAGCAUGCUGGACACGCUGCUCUACCAGGCCUUCGUCAAGGACUACGUCAUCACCUUCGUGCGGCUGCUGCUCGGGAUCGACCAGGCCCCGGGUUCCGGCUUCCUCACCUCGAUGAAGAUCACCAAGGACGAUAUGUGGAUCCGGACCUACGGCCGGCUCUAUCAGAAGCUGUGCUCGACCACUUGCGAAAUUCCCAUCGGUAUUUACAGGACGCAGGACACUUCCAUAUCGGACUCCUCUCAUGUGAGUAUGAGCGCUCCUUCGUCUGCCUGGUCGAGCUGCGUGCGUGUGCCAUCGCUUGACGAGGAACUUGGACCGGACAGAGUAGGUGUAACUUACCGACCUAAGGACAGCACCAAUUGCUUGGGGUGUACUGACCGCCGUAACUCGAUGUAUUCAAUUAAUAUGGCCGACGAAGCCAAGGAUAAUCACGAGCAACAGAUUGAAAGAGCGGAAAUCGCCAAUCUCGUUAGAUCGCGAAUGGAGAGUUUGAACCUGCCAGCCAUCGAUUAUAACGACGUUAGCGAAAAGAGGAACAGCCUGUCGUACGUCAUCAUCAACCCUAGCUGCGAUCUGAAACUGGAAGAAGGGGACAUCAUCUACCUGGUGCGGCCCAGCCCCUUCUCCGCUCAGAAGACCUUCGAGCGCCACAACAGCCGCCGUAAGUCCAACAUCAGCUUCUGCUCCCAGACGCUCAUCCAGCAGAUGGCCGCCGCCGCCCAGGCCGGCAGCCGGCGCGGCUCCGGCCUCGGCCUCACCGGCUACCAGUCGCCCCGGCCGCCUCCGCUCGCCACCACCAAGUCCAACUCCCUCUCCUUACCCGACAGCCCCACCGUGGCCGGCUACCAGCGCGGCCGCUCCAACUCCCUCCGCGUCAUCGACGACAUCCUCCUCCGCAGGUCCAACUCCCUGCGCCAGGGCCUCACCAGCGUGGGCAGCGGGCGCCGGAAGAGCUCCCUCGAGGACAUCGGCCUGUCGCACUUCUCCACCAACUACAACAACCCCAUCAAGAUCGCGCUGAACGGCAGCAUCGGGCUGGAGGUGACGCCCCCCGAGGAGAACAGCCCGCCGGUGAUCUCCAGCAACACCGCCAUGGUGGUGAACGCGCCCUUGCCGGGGGCGCACACCGGGAGCACCAUGAGUCUAGCACAAAGUGGCCUGCCUAGUUCUAGUAGUUCUUUGCCUCAACCGCUCAACCUCGGCAUCAACGUGCCUACGAACUUCGGGGAGGCGGCGCCCGCGCAGCAGGCGGCGCUGCCGCCGACCGCCGCCGCCACGGAUCCGCAGCACCUGCAGGGGACGAUCGUAUGAUAUAACCUCAUGUGGGGGAGGAGAAUGGGGAGCUUAAGAAAUAAGUGGCUCUAGAUCCUCACUUCCACAGUAGCACCUCGGCGCCGUAGUGACGUAGAUUCCGGGCGCGGGGAUAGUCUUAGGGCGGGGAGGGGGAGGGUUGUGGGCCUUGUUGAAAAAUGUGACUGCUAAAACCGGUUUCGGGGUGAGGGUCUUGAAGACGUGCUGGUUUCGAGGAGGGUGUGGCACCAGGAGUUGAUUCGGCUUGCGAAAUAGGUUAGAGGACGAAGUGUGCCAGGAAAUGAUCCUGGUUGUUACGUAUCAUGCCUUCAGAAGUCUCUUUUUUCUUUAAUUUUUACUUCCUUAGCUUAUACUUCAUUGGACGACUGGCUACUUUUAUGUUUUCUCGACGUUUCAUGACCUCUAGAGUACGAAAAAAAUAGGUGCCCGUUUCCGGCUGUCUGUCUGUCUAUUUUAAUUUUAUAAAACAAGAUACGCCUUGACAUGUGGUUUAUGAAUUCGUGUUCAGUUUUUACUCUGGACAUUCAGAUUUUUGGAAAAAAUCAAAAUGGUAUAACAACUUACAAAUUAACUUUGAAAUUGGAAAGCCGAAUGCUCUGAAAACUUGUAAGCCUUUUGAAGCUAUCGCAAACAUACUAAAUCGUUGAUCAAAAUUUGUUCGUUUAUCUCUCUCUAAAAAAUGUUGACGUCAUUUUGCAAUUUUUACCUUUUUACCCUAGAUGUUUGGGGAAAAAAUCAAAAUUGUAUUUUACAAUUUAAUUUCGAAAAUGCAAAACCAAUUGCUUUGAAAUUUUGCAAACAUUUUAAGGUUACAGGAAGCAUGUUAUACUGUUCAUCAAAAUCCAUUCGUUUAUGGACUCCCAAAAAAAUUAUGACGUCAUCUUACAAUUCAACCGAAUAAAUGUUCUUUAAAUUUUAUUAAAUAACAUGCUUCUGUGUGUGGAUUUAUGAAUCCACUUCGAGUUUUGGAAUUUGCCUUCAAGAUUUUUGGAAAAAAAACAAUAUUUUACAAUUUUAAUAAUAAUGAAAAAACUUUCAGAGUUUAAAAAAUGUAUUUGUAGUCACUGCUACACGUGUUUCGGUACACAGUACCGUCUUCAGGCAGAAGAGAAACUGAUAUUUUACAAUUUUGCUAUGAAAUUUCAAAAACCCUAAGACUCUGAAAUCCUAGAAAUAUCCUAAGGUUAUUGGAAGCAACAUCUUAUAAUUUUGCCGAAUAAAUAUUCUUCAAAUUUAAGUGUUUUGGGGGAAAAACUGAAUGUGGUUAACUAAUUAAUCAGUCCUCUGUUCUGGAGAGGAGACAAAAUCAAAUGCAAUUUUUUUUAAUGUGAACCCUUCUCGGGGCCCCCAGUUGUUUUUUUUUUUUUAAGAAUGUGAAAAUCUUCUCGGACCCCAACUGUGAUUUUAUAGAAUGUGAAACUUCGGGAGACCCAAAUGUCUUUUUUUAAGAAAGUGAAACCUUCUCGGGGGCACCAACUGUCUGUAUUUAAGAAUCUGAAAUAAUCUGGGGAGCCUCAACUGCCAUUCUUGGGGUCCUAAAUUGUCUUUGUUUUAAAGAAUGUGAAACCUUCUCGGAGGUCUCAGCUGCCUCUUUUUUAAAGAAGGUGAAACCUUCUUGAAGGCCACAGCUGUUGUAUUUUAAGAAAGUGAAACCUUGUCAGAACCCCAACAAUUUUUAAAGAAGGUGAAACUUUCUCGGGGCCCCCAAUUUUCUUUGUUUUAAAGAAUGUGAAACCUUCUCGGGGGUUCCAACUGCCUUUUUUUACGAAAGUGAAACCUUGUCAAGAACCCCAACUAUAUUUUUUUUAGGAUCCGAAACCUUCUCGGGUCCCCAAUUAUCUUUGUUUCUGUUUUAAAGAAUGUGGAAGACUCUCGAGGUUCUAUUUUCAGAAUGUGAAAUCUUCUUGGGGCACCCAAGUUUGUUUUAAAGAAUGUGAACCUUUCUCGGGGGUCACAACUCAUUUUUUUUUAAUCUAAAACCUUCUCAGGCCUCCAAUUGUCUUUGUUUUAAAGAAUGUAAACGCUUCUCGGGGUCCCCACCUGUCUUUGUUUUAAAGAAUAUGAAACUUUCUCUUGGGUCCCAACUGCCUUUUUUUGAAGAAAAUGAAAUCUUCUCGAGGGCCCCAACUGUUCUAUUUUAAGAAUGUGAAACCUUCUUGAGGAACCCAAUUUUUUUUUAAGAUAGUGAAACCUUGUCAGAAACCCCAACUGUAUUUUUUAAGGAUUUGAAACCUUCUUGUUCACCCAACUGUCUUUUUUGUAAGGAAGAGAAACCUUGUCAGGAACCCCAACUGUAUUUUUUUAAGGAUCUAAAACCUUCUCGGGCCCCAAACUGUCUUUUCUUUUACGAAAGUGAAAUCUUGUCGGAAAUCUAAACUGUAGCUUUUUAAGGAUCUGAAACCUUGUCGGGCCCCAAACUGUCUUUUUUUAAGAAAGUGAAACCUUGUCAGAAAUUUCAGCAGUAUUUUUUUAAGGAUCUGAAACCUUCUUGGGUCUCCAACUAUGUUUGUUUCAAAGAAUGUGAAACCUUCUGGGGGCUCCCAAAUGACUUUGUUUUAAAGAAUAUGAAACUUUCUCUUAGGUCCCAACUGCCUUUUUUUUGAAGAAAAUGAAAUUUUCUGGAGGGACCCAAUUUUUUUUAAAGUUAGUGAAACCUUGUCAGGAACCCCAACUGUAUUUUUUAAGGAUUUGAAACCUUCUUGCUCCCCCAACUGUCUUUUUUGUAAGAAAGAGAAACCUUGUCAGGAACCCCAACUGUAUUUUUUUAAGGAUCUAAAACCUUCUCGGGCCCCAAACUGUCUUUUCUUCUACGAAAGUGAAAUCUUGUCGGGAAUCUAAACUGUAGUUUUUUAAGGAUCUGAAACCUUGUCGGGCCCCAAACUGUCUUUUUUUUAAGAAAGUGAAACCUUGUCAGAGAUCUCCACUGUAUUUUUUUAAGGAUCUGAAACCUUCUUAGGCCUCCAACUAUCUUUGUUUCAUAGAAUGUGAAACCUUCUGGGGGCUCCCAAAUGACUUUGUUUUAAAACCUUGAAACCUUCUUGCUCCCCCAACUGUCUUUUUUGUAAGAAAGAGAAACCUUGUCAGGAACCCCAACUGUAUUUUUAAGGAUGUAAAACCGUCUCGGGCCCCAAACACUCUUUUCUUUUACGAAAGCGAAAUCUUGUCGGGAAUCUCAACUGUGGUUUUUUAAGGAUCUGAAACCUUGUCGGGCCCCAAACUAUCUUUUUUAAGAAAAUGAAACCUUGUCAGAAAUUUCAAGUGUAUUUUUUUAAGGAUCUGAAACCUUCUCGAGCCCCCAACUACCUUUGUUCUAAAGAAUGUAAAAGCUUCUGAGGGCCCCCAACUGUCUUUGUAUUAAAAAUGUGAAACUUUCUCGGGGACCCCAACUGUUUUUUUAAGAAUGUGAAACCCCCAAUCGUCUUUGUUUUAAAGAAUGUGAAGCCUUCUCGGGGGUCCCAACUGCUUUUUUUAAAGAAGGUUAACCUUCUCGAGAGCCCCAACUGUUCCAUUUUAAGAAUCUGAAACCUUCUGGAAGGACCCAAUUGUCUUUUUUUUAAGAAAGUGAAACCUUGUUAAGAACCCCAAGUGCAUUUUUUAAGGAUCUGAAACCUUCUCGGGCCCCCAACUAUCUUUGUUUUAAAGAAUGUGAAACCUUCUCGGUGCUCCCAACUGCGUGUUUUUGGUGAAGGUGAAACCUUCUGAAGGGCCACAAGUGUUUUGUUUUAAGAAUUUGAGACCUUCUCGGGGGACCCAACUACCUUUUUUUAAGAAUGUGACACUUUCUCGGGGUCUCAACUGUCUUUUUUUUAAAAAAGCUAAAACAUUUUUUUUUUCUUACACUGUGACUAGUCUUUCUAUAUUGUUUCUACUCCAUAGAGGUUAUCACAAAAAAGUAAAAGUUUGCAAAAUCAAAUUUUAUAAUUUUGCAUUAAAGCAGGAUUUGUUGGACUGUACUUCGGGGGCGAGGGAAGUUCUGUCUAAGUAACUUUCAUCGAAUUUUUAAACAUAAAUUUAUUAUACAUGUAUGAAAAAUAUUAAAACCAUCUGUACAAAAUAAAAAUAGCUGUUGUAGAUUUCUGAGGGCGUGAUAUUCAACUAGUAUCGUUCGUCCGGGCAUUGUCGCGUCCACCUGGAUGAUCAUCGUCUAGUCAUUUUCAACCAUCACCUUUUCUAGCAGGGUCAAUCGGAAUUCUCUUUCGGCCCCGACCACUACCAUAUUUGGCCUUAUUAACUUUCUAUCAGAAAUUUAGACUGAUACGUAUGUAAAUCGUUCUUCGCCAGUCGGCCUGGCCUAGCCAAAUUUUUCUGUAACGGUUGUAGUCUCCUGGUCGUACCAAACGAACACCAGGCCUAGCUCGAAGACGUACGACUCAUCUGAAAAUCACUCUGCGUAGAAACCCACAAUGACACCACCACGGCACAAGAUUUUGGUCGAUAUUCUCUGACUUUUUUUUCAAAGACUGACUCUAGACACGUGCUUUUUGGAUGAGUGGUCCAGAUCAGUAACGCGCCGCAUAGCUCAAUAGGUUUACUAUUUGUAGUUUCGUUUGUACAUAAAUUCAACUGUUUCUUCCACGCAGGCCAAAGGCUGCUUAUCAGUAUAAUUCGUUCAGGUAUGUUGAAUGAGGGAUCAAAUACUGUAGUUAGAACUAUCUGUUGGUAAAUCCUUUGGGACUUUGGUGGUACCGGGCGGUCGGUCCGCGAGUACUCAUCUUCCUGGGUCGGUCUGUGCAUUCGUUUCUCUUUUCCAUCUUCCUGUCUGUUGAAGGCCGACCGGCCGGUACUCUACAAGAGAUUACCGUUAAAUCUCGCAUGGUGGGUACGUUUUCGUACCGCUUACCUUACUUUGGUGCACUCUUUCGUUCCAUCUUGCUUGAUUGUUUGUGGUGUUUCCUCAAUAAAUCAGAAUCAAAAUAUACGUCGAAGUGGUUAUGAGUUAGAUUUGCUUUGGUAGUUUAGUGUAAACCGUCCAUGCUAGUUUUUGUGCAUGUCGUACGACAUGUCUAGCAUCCCUGAGCUGUACUUAGACAAAGACUGUGGGUGUGGUCCAAUAACCGCGACGUAUAAAUACUAACAUAUCUAAAGAAAUAAGUGUCGUAGACAUAUAUUUUUCUAGAGUGAUGAAAUUGUGAAGGGUUUCGAAUAUAAAACCGAUGCUUUGGUACUAUUGCUUUAUUUGAAUGAUUAAAAGAGAAACGAGUCGGCCUGCGUGCCGACCGUAUGUCUUUGAUACGUUCUAAAAUAAUACUUUUUAUAUAAUUCAACUGGAUAUUGUACAUAAUGUUGUUUCAUAGUUCUCAGAGUUUGCUUACUUAAUUAUCAUAGUUAUAAAUAUUUAAUAAAUGAAUCUACAAUUACUGUUAGACCAUGUAAAGAAUAAAGAUGACUUUUAAAUUGCAAUGCACACUGCUGGCCGGAUUAAACCCGUUUGUACAAUUACAACAAUGUGCAUUCGCAAACGCACGAAUAAAUUCAUUAUUUAACAUUACAGAGUGGAAAAACCUUUACUGAAUACGCUUACAUUUGAUGUACAGUAAAGUCAAUACUGUCAUAGCACAUUAUAUACAUUGUAUUUUCAAA